AUGCUGUCUAUGUGGAGUUCACUUCUUGUUCUUAUAGCUGUAAUCAGUGGUUGUACUCCUGCCACGAUAUUUUGCCUGAUUCACACAGCUACACCAAGUCAUGACACUAGGGCCCAAACCAUUCUCGAAACGUGGGCUAAACGUUGCGAUGACUUUAUCUUCUUUACCGAUUCACCCAUGUCUUCGGAAAUCCCACAUAUUUACUGGAAAGAACUGCAUAGUAGAGAUCACUCAUGGGAGAAGAUCAGACGGAUUUUUAGUCAUGUCAUUGAGGAUAUGGAAGACGAAUACGAUUGGUAUCUGAGGGCUGACGAUGACGCCUAUGUCAUCGUUGAGAAUCUACGUCAUUUCCUUGCUAAUUACUCGAGCAAAGAACCGCACUACUUCGGUUAUAGAUGGAACUUCUUUGUGCCUCAUGGUUACGCUGAUGGUGGUGUUUAUGUCCUUUCACGACCAGCAGUUGAAAUUUUCAAUCGUGUAAUGGAGAAUCCAAAGUUGUGCCCGGAAAUGCAUCGAGCGGAGGAGGAUCAAGAGAUGGGAAGGUGUCUUGCAGCUGCCGGAAUCUAUCCUGAGGAUACCAGGGACGAGAAUGGUUCCGAUAGGUUCCAUCAUUUUCAUCCCACGGAGCAGUUGGUGAUGUACAAGGAUCCCUUCGCACGAAAAAAUGCCUAUUAUCCACCUUUGAAGGGAGCCAAGAACUUCAGUCCAGAGAUGAUCGGCUUUCAUCAUCUUUCCCCAUAUGAAAUGAGAGUUUUCGACUACUUCCUAUAUAAACUCAAGAGAAGAGUUCCUCAAUCGUGA